AAUAGUUAAAUUUUGCUUGACGGUUGGCGAUAAAGGACGCACUGCACCAGGGUACCUAGACAGGCUAGGCAAGACUACGGCACUUGUAAACAUUCCCAGCAAGCCAUCUCAUUGCUGACGAAAAUCACAAGCUGCACGCAGUCGGUUUCAACGCAGCUGCUAAAUUUGCCAUCUUCCCUGCGCUUAUCAUUAGUCAGCGCGGAGUGAUUUUCUCCCAUUCCUUGUUUCCCUGUGACAAUGUCUUCUUCGAUCCCAGAUCUCAACGACAUCCAGGAAAAAUGUCAACUGCCGGUCCCGACAUCCACCCCAGCAGCGCCUAUCCGUGCUGACGAUGCCCAGUCCCCGUGGUGUAUCCCAUCCCGUUAUCAACUAGUGCUCUUCCUCUUCAUGGGCUUCUUCGUCAUGUUCUCCAUUCGCGUCAAUCUGAGUGUGGCCAUUGUAGCUAUGGUCAAUACGACGGUCAUCACUUCAAACGCCAGCAUUAACAUCACCGACGCAUGUCCACGCCCAAACAUCAACGACACGGGCACUGUACCGCAUGCUGGAAAAUUUGACUGGGAUGGAAAGACGCAAGGCUUGAUUCUCAGUUCCUUCUUCUACGGGGUCAUCCUAACGCAGAUCCCCGGCGGAUGGCUGUCCAAGCGGUUCGGCGCUAAACAUCCUUUCGGCUUAGCCGUUCUCCUGUCGGGGCUGUUGGCCCUGUUCCAGCCGUUGGCGGCCAGUUGGCAUUACGGGGCCCUUUUGACCCUUCGCGCACUGCAGGGCGUCGUCCAGGGAGUUAGUAUGCCGGCCGCCCACCAGCUCAUGGGCCUCUGGGCACCUCCCAACGAAAGGUCACGCAUGGUAAUGAUCACAUUCACCGGCAUUCAAAUCGGCACUGUCGUCGCCCUCAUCCUCUCCGGCGUUCUCAUUCAGAAUCUGGGUUGGGAGAGCGGAUUUUACUUUUUUGGCGGUUUGGCCUUCAUCUGGUACGCCGGUUGGCUGUACUUCGCGUACGACUCCCCCUCCGUCCAUCCCCGCAUCACUCCCACGGAGAAACAGUUCAUCCUGGACAGUAUCGGUCACGCCCAGCCGCUAAUGACCACAGCGGUACCCCAAACACCCUGGCGACAGAUUCUAACUUCCCUGCCGGUAUGGGCAAUCUGCGUCGGUAAUUUCGGGCAUAAUUGGGGCUUCUACACCCUCCUGACCAAUAUUCCAUCAUAUCUGGGCAAGGUCCUUCACUAUAACAUCCAGUCGAACGGGAUUAUCUCGGCUAUGCCGUACCUGGCCAUGGCCGUUGUCAUGCAGCUGGCCGGCUGGAUGGGAGAUGUGCUGCGACAGAAAAAGAUCAUCAGCGUGACGUGGAUUCGACGCGGGUUCCAUUUUGUGGGGCAAGUGUUGCCGGCUGGAUGCCUGGUGGGAUUGGGAUUCAUUGGGUGUGAUCAUAACGCAGCGGUGGCGUUUUUGAUACUGGCGCUGGCGACCAAUGGGAUAUCAAAUGUCGGAUUCACGGUGAACCACGUGGAUCUCUCGCCCAAAUAUGCCGGAAUUUUGAUGGGAUGGUCACAGACAUGGGGAUCCAUUCCCGGAAUCGUAGCGCCUUACCUAGUGGGAUUACUUACCGAUCCCGAAAACAUGAUUUCUCAGUGGCGAAUUGUUUUUGCUAUAGCUGCAGCCGUCUAUUUCGUUACGUGUACGUUCUACGCGUUAACAGCAUCUGGAGAACGUCAACAAUGGGAACCACAACCGAAUGCCGACAACAGCAACACAAGCAAACCAUAAAAUCCACUUGCCUGCUUGUUGAAAAAAGCAACACUUCUUUGCUCAAUAAUCUUUUGAACUAAAUAAUCUUCAUUUCGUUCAUACGAUGCGAAAGCUGGUACAAACGACUACGUUUCGCUGUUUAACGGUACAAAAUUCAUGCAUUAGCGGAAAAUUGGAAAAACAUCAAUGCGAGCGGAAGCAAAAAAUAUUUCA